AUGUCGCAGUCGAAUAAUCUCGUGUUUAUCGGUCGCCCGGUCUCCGUGCUCUAUCCAUGGCCAAAGAUUCCAAAGCGUGCGUUCAUUUUUCCUGUACUAUUUUGUAGCCUUACCCCAACUGUGCUAUGGGCUCAGCGAGCGGAUUUGGUUUACUUGACGAUAUGUCUUGGGGAUAUAAAAAAUAAAGUGCUAGAUCUCACUAAUGAUGGCUUGAGCUUCAAGUUAGCUUUCACUUUAAGUAAUUUUUUUCAGAGGCAAAGCAGCUUUUAUCUAUCCUCGCAGUCCUCUCGUCAAAUGUCUACUGACAGGCAAAUAGUGAUGGUGCUAAAAAAAUGUACACCUACGUUCUGGCCAAGGUUAUUAAAGUCCUCUGAAAAGGCCUUAUGGCUAAAGACCGAUUUCGAGCGUUGGGUCGAUGAGGAUGAGGCAGAUUACGACGCCGGUGGAGGAAACAUGGACUUCUCAAAUAUGAUGUCUCAGAUGUCUAGUUUCGGAGGCACAAAUGAAUACGACGAUCUGGAUGCAGAUGUAGAUUCAGAUGAUGAUGACCUUCCUGAUCUCGACAUGCCAGCCGGUGAUACAUGCGUUAGUACUUGUGCAGAGAAGCCCCACCAUCCAGAAACCCCAGAAAAAGCAAAGGAGACUCCAGAUCCGCCUGAAACUAAGGCUAAUGGAGAGCAUUAA